AUGAGUGAAUACUGGGUCUCGAAGAAAAAGUACUUUUGCAAGUACUGCGAUAUCUAUAUUACCGACGAUGCUCCUUCUCGACAACAGCACGAGAAUGGCCUUCGACACAAAGGAAAUCGGGACAGGUUCAUUCGAGGGUUGUACAAGGAAGGUGAAAGAAGGAAGAAGGACCAGGCAGAGGAGAAACGCGAAAUGGCCAGGGUGGAACAGGCUGCUCAAGCUGCAUUCGCCGUAGAUGUUGGUGCCGGGUUUGCCAGACCGUCCGCGCCACAGCCGUCAACCUCCACUGCACCACCGAAGCCAAAGCCAAAGUCAUCGAACCUUUUCGCAGAUUACUCCACGGCAGCCUCGCUUGGAUACACUGAUCCCGAUGCCGAGAGAAUCUCACUGGAGGCUCUGCGUCGUAGGAGCGAAGGUGUAGCUGGUAACUGGGAGGUUGUUGAGUCCAUCCCGACUCAGGAUACUGAGUCAUCAUCAUCUGAGGUUGCGGGGGUUAAACGUCCAGCAGAUGACCACUCAAGCGAGGAUUCUCGCCACUUCCAGCUACGCAAGCGCACUCUAGACACCGGACUCGGACGGAUAUACGAUCCUGGCGCUAUCCCCAUCAAGCGUAAGAAGAUAGAGGAGUCCGAGGCGGACAUCUCUGGGAAAGCCGACUCAUCCUCUGGUAAAGAAUCACUGGGGUCUUCUGAUGUCCCAGCAUCAAAGUGGAAAAGGGCCGGAGAGACGAACGCAGAUUCAAAAGAGACUGAAACCCGACUGGACCCGUCCGUCAAGGACGAGGAAGACGUCAAAGUUGAAGAAAGCGUACCAGACGUCAAACCCGACAUCAGUAACGACAAUCUUGCUCCUGCUCAGGGGACAAGCCUAUUUCGAAAGCGUAAAGCCGUUGUAGGCGGAACUAGAGGGAAGCGCUCAAUAUGA